CAAACCCAAACCAAGACAGUAAUUUGCACAAAUGGAAGGUGAAAUCGAGAGCCAAAUUCAGCAGGCAGUCCCCACCGAAGGUCUGCUAGGAAAGAUCCAGCAGCCACUGCUCGAAAAUGCCUUAACAAUGGCCUCAAAGCCAACAAAAACUUCAGCUCAAAAAGCCAUCAGAAAGGCAUUCAAAGGAACAGCCCAUUUAGCCAACCUCCUUCCCACGGGCACCGUCCUCGGCUUCCAAAUUUUGUCCCCAAUUUUCACACACCAGGGCCAUUGCAACACCCAUGUUAGCCAAACCACCACCCUCGGCCUUGUCUUGCUCUGUGCCUUAUCUUGUUUUUUCCUCCUCUUCACUGACAGUUUCCGAGAUAGUCGUGGAAAAGUCCGAUAUGGGGUGGUCACAUUUCAAGGCUUAUGGGUUAUUGAUGGCUCAAUUACCCUUCCCAAAGAAGAGGCUGCAAAAUACAGGCUACGCUUCAUCGAUUUCUUUCACGCAUUCACUUCUCUUUUGGUUUUCAUAGCUGUUGCUUUGUUUGAUGAAAAUGUGGUCAAGUGUUUCUACCCAACACCGUCUGAUGAACUAAGGGAGCUUUUGGUUGUGCUGCCUGUUGGAAUUGGUGUCUUGUGUAGCGGCUUGUUUAUUGUUUUUCCUACUAAACGACACGGUGUAGGAUUCCCCCUCUCUCGUCAAUAGCCGUUCCAAUUUACCCUUCCAAACUAAAACUAAUUCAUGUUGUAAAUCUUUCUAAACUUUUGUAUUCUACACAUGAUUUUGUUUAUUUUAAUUCAAUACAACCAGACAAAUCACACAUUUCUUAACUUUAAAUAGGAACUUUAAAAAUAACAAAAAAAGAAA